AUAGGCGGGGCGGAGGGCGGGAGGGCCGGAAGUGGAUUUUCGUAACCCGGAAGGGGAGUGCUUCCCUGGCUGUUUUGUUAACGUCUUCCAGCUGCCUCUCGUCCUGCAGCUGAGGGAAUCGUCGCGGAAGGAUGGUGUGCGAAAAGUGUGAAAAGAAACUUGGUACUGUUAUCACUCCAGAUACAUGGAAAGAUGGUGCAAGGAACACCACAGAAAGUGGUGGAAGAAAGCUGAAUGAAAAUAAAGCUUUGACCUCAAAAAAAGCAAGAUUUGAUCCAUAUGGAAAGAAUAAGUUCUCCACUUGCAGAAUUUGUAAAAGUUCUGUGCACCAGCCAGGUUCUCAUUACUGCCAGGGCUGUGCCUACAAAAAGGGCAUCUGCUCUAUGUGUGGAAAAAAGGUUUUGGAUACCAAAAACUACAAGCAAACGUCUGUCUAGAUGUAUUGAAGUUUCUGGCUUUCCUUCCUGGACCAGGGAUCGGACCCAAGCCCCCUGCAGUGGAAGCGUGGAGUCUUUAACCACUGGACCGCCAGGGAGGUCCCCAGAACUCUGUAUUUUUUAAUACUGGUCAUGUGUUUUGUAAUUAAAAAUAGUGUUAAGUUUUUAAAAAAUCUAAGUAAGCAAGCAGGAGAAUUAUACAUGUGAAUGUCAUUCAUUAGUCUGUCACUACAGAAAAAAAGUUGGGGAACUUUUGUGUGUGUGCUGCCUCCCAGAUAAAUUUGGUAAGUGAA